CCCAUUUUUAAGAUUAUUUCGUGGUUUAGAAUUUCUAAACAUUUAGUUUUAUUUAAAACUCAAUUGUUAUUGAAUGGUCUGAGAUUGAGGUCAAGACAAACUCUUGCCAUUUUAGUGUAUCGUAGCAUUAUGGAGACUGGAGUGCACUAGUGCAGAUCUACUGAACUAAGAAGUGUUUCUUGUGUCAAAAUGAGAGACCGACUUCUCUCGACAACAAUAUCCCCCUUGAUAUCUUCUCAAAAUCUCAUUCCCAUUCCACCCAUCAAUUUGACAUUCUUGAAUGCAAAUUUGCAGCCUUCGAGGUAUGGGUUUGAUAGGAUUCUAUCCCUCAGAAGAAGAACAAGGUGUACUAAAGCUGUGAUGUGCGAGGGCUUCAGGAUUGGGGCAGAUUCUACUGGUCCCAUUCCCUGUGAACAGCUUCUCCAAGUGGUUCAAGCUGCUGCCAAGACUGGCGCUGAGGUUGUAAUGGACGCCGUCAAUAAACCUAGACAGAUUAGUUAUAAAGGUUCAACUGAUCUAGUAACCGACACUGAUAAAAAGAGCGAAACUGCUAUUGUGGAUAUUGUAAGACAGAAUUUCCCAGAUCACCUAAUUCUCGGAGAGGAAGGAGGUUUUACAGGGGAUCCAUCUUCCGACUAUCUUUGGUGCAUUGACCCUUUAGAUGGGACAACAAACUUUACACACAACUAUCCAAGCUUUGCUGUUUCUGUGGCAGUCCUAUUCAGAGGCAAGCCAGCUGCUUCUACUGUGGUAGAGUUUGUGGGUGGGCCUAUGUGCUGGAACAAUCGCAUAUACACUGCUGCUGCUGGCAAAGGUGCAUAUGCUAAUGGUCAAAAGAUUAAUGUCAGCAGGACAGAUAAGUUGGAGCAAUCUCUCUUAGUGACAGGAUUUGGAUAUGAUCAUGAUGCUUCCUGGGCUGCCAAUAUGGAAUUAUUCAAGGGAUUUACUGGCACUAGUAGGGGUGUCAGGAGGCUUGGUGCAGCAGCAGUAGACUUAUGCCAUGUUGCUCUUGGAAUUGUUGAGGCCUAUUGGGAAUAUCGUCUAAAACCAUGGGACGUUGCUGCUGGAGUUCUGAUUGUUGAAGAAGCUGGGGGUUUAGUUUCUUGCAUGGAUGGUGAACGUUUUUGCGUAUUCGAUAGAUCCGUCUUGGCAUCCAAUGGCGCACUCCAUGACAAGCUUCUAGAUAAAAUUGAGCCUGCAACUGAGAAAUUGAAAAGCGAAGGAGGUGACUUCUCAUCGUGGUUCAAACCAGAGGCUUACAAAACAGAUCUUUGAGGACCUCAUUCUUUCUUGUGAACUCCGAUUUCGGCAUAUGUCCAAAUAACUACUGUUUUCCUUUUUUUAUGUAUUAGUCCAUCAUUCACAAAUCAAAUUAGAGUUUAGUUUGAAUAUUAUGUAAAAGCUAUGUAAGUGUAGUCUUUAGCUUUAGUUCUUUUAAACUUUAACUAAAAUGGUGAUUCUUGUUACAAACAUUGUUCCUGAACAGACCCCCCCCCCUCCCCCAUGCAUAGCAUAGUACAUUUUAGGGCAGGGUUUGGACCAUUGAACUGCGUUGAGGCCUUUAGGGUGUUUCUUUUCAGAUUUGCUCGUUGUGGUAGAGUUUAAGCAUUGG